AUGUGGCGCCCGCGCCGCAGCCUCAGCGACGCGCUGACGCUGCUCGUCCACGGCCCCGAGUUCCGCGCCGGCGAGCUGCUGGUCCUGAACCCCGACGUGUUCCCCGACGUGCCGCAGCACUCGCUGGUGGAGCUCGUGCAGGCCGAGCGCCGCCACCCGCGGCUCGUGCUGACCGUCGAGUCGCUCGCGCCCGUGCGCGGCACGGUCCACGUGAGCGUCGCCCGCGACCUGGCGGCCCAGUUCGGCCUCGAGGCCUUUGGCAGCGUCCGCGUGCGCCGCCUCUCGACGCCGUCCGACGUCGUCGUGGACUUUGUCGAGCUGAGCUUCAAGGACCAGUUCCUCUCGCGCGCCGACGUGUGGCGCUUCAAGGUCACGAUGCUCGGCCACUGCGUCUACGAGGGCCGCGCCGUCGAGUGCAGCGGCAUGCGCGGCCAAGUGGACGCCAUCCUGCGCCACAGCCACAGCCACCACAGCACUGCAACGCCCGUGCAGUGCGGCGUCAUUGGCGACGCGACCAAAAUCGUGGUCCGCUCGCGCUCCAGUCGCCUCGUGUGGCUCGUGCAGCUGAGCACCGAGAUGUGGCAAGUCGCGCCCGACGACGGACAGGUGUACUACGAGAAGCUGCUCUACGACCUCUUGCGCGUGCAGAGCCGCAAGUGGAGCGAGAGCGCUGUGACGCACUCGGUCACGAUCCUCACGUUCGCGCGGACGUUCUACGACGCCGACCAGUUCCCCGCGGGCUUUGACCCCACGCACGCGCCGUUUGUCGACCCGCGACGACAGGGCGUGGGGCCUGGAUGCCACGCGCCGGGCGUGCACGUUGCGCAGGGACAUGGCCCGACGAUCCACGUUGACCCCGUCUCGGGUCGCUACUAUGAGGACUUUUACAAGGUCGUGGUGAUGAACUUUACGGGACCGGACUGGAGCCGACUGCUGCUGCUGCUCAAGCACGAGUUUGCCACGUGCUACGACACACAUCGGUGGCGCACGCCAGAAGAAAAGUCGCGCGCACACUAUGAGAUACGUCGGUGUCCGCUACAAGCAAACGAUGGGCGCAGAGCUGCUGCUGCGACUGCCGCAGCAACAACCACAGCGGAUGCUUGCGACAGAGAGAAUGGAGACGGUGACGAUGUGUACGUACAGUGGACAGAGCUGCCUCGUGGAGUGCCGUCUCGAGCCAAAGAUGGCAAUAUCUUGGAAGCUAUCAACGUGACCUUGAAUGUGCUGGACAAGCAUUACAUGGACCGCGACCUUGGCCGGACUGGCCAGGGCGUCGUCAUGAUUACAGCAGGGUGCAGCAUCUUCAACGUCGACAGCAAGCUUGCCGAAAUCACGGAGCAGCGCAUGAUGGAUAGUGGGGUCGGCAUGGACAUGAUCUCGUUGUCCACGCCACCGUUGCACGUGGUGCCGUUGUUCAUUUACCGCAACGAGUUGCUCGCAAAGACGAUACAGCUGAACACGGAGGCGCCACGACCGUUGCACAAACUUUCUUUUCACAAAGUCCCGGGUGCAGAACUCAAGCCUGUUGAAGCUGCGCCGUCCUUCCUCGACAGACCGAGCUUGCUCUCGUCUUCCCUGCCUAAAAGCACCGAGUGGGCACAAGCUGGCAGCGACGUUCUGCGUCGCACCCUAACGUCAGCCACACGCAACAACACCGCUGUCAUGGCAGACCAAUCCGAAGACUCGGGCGAGCAGCUGACGUACGAUGUACCGCAUUGGGUGAACCUUACGUUCUUGGAGUUCAGUUGCGACUGUGAGCAAGCGAGCCAGGACUGCAGCCCAGCCGAGCCACCGGCCACACCAAACUCGAAUCAGUCCAAGCCACAUGACCAGCAAAAGGGCCAUCCUUGGCAUUCCUCCACGUGCCAAACCAAACGCAACGGGCACUUUUGCCCAUUGCCGCCAUUUCGGAUGUUUGACAUUGCUUCGCCAUCGGAGAAGCUGCUUUUCCCGACGGUGCUGCGGAACUUGAUGCUCAGAAAAUCGGAAGCUGGGUCCAGUGGUAGUAUCCGCGACACUAUGCCCACUUCCAUUGAGCAUGAUGAAGAGGCUGGCCGGGCAAAUGACAGUGAUAGUGGAAGAGUGACUGUCUUUGCCAAUGCAAUCAUGCCAAUCAAGAGUAUGCACUGUCAGCCUCCGAUGUCGUAUGCAGCAACUUCGCUUCUUGACCCGAUGGCAUCAACACCUCCGCUAGAUCGAUUGCAGCUUAGCCGGUCUCCGGAUUUUGACCCCAUUCUUGCCUCGAACCAGUCGUCUGCUACUCUGAGUAGUCGACUACAUGUGCGAGCAGCAUUGCGAGCUUACGACGAGAGCGUGUUCUCGCCUGUGGUGCCGGACGGUCGAUAUGCUGCGGACCGACACUUUGGUGAUCGACGGCUAGGUUCUGCUUCACCGGGAAUCAAUGAAGAACACGGCGAUGUCACCAGCGUCACCAUUGCCAACGAUGGUCGUCUCGAGGGGUUGCUUCGUGAUGCACGAAAGAAAGCAGAAUGUCCGAGACAAUGCGGCAGUAGUGACAACGCCGACAGCUGUCACAAAGACAACAGCGCUCUUACCAGCGAAAGGGUCAGUAUGGUCCAGACACUGCUAUCGCCACGAGAACUGUCAAGUAAGGCGACUAUGGUCGAUCACGCGGAUCGCAGCGUUGCGGCAGCGCCUCGUUCACUUCCGAGGGCAGACACACAUCUCACACGCUCACUGAAAGUGCCGCUCGAUCAUUCCAUCGAGAGUCGAAGAUAUCGUAGCCCGUACGGCACUCCGUUGGACAAGAGAGAUGAGGGCUUCCGACUUGUUGCGCGCGCUGCAAUCAUGAAGAAGGAUGUACCGUCAGCGUUUGGCCGCUCACCUGCGCUUUCAUCGCCACGAGGAUCCGGUGGCUCCAUUAGUAGGUCAACGAGCGGCCAGAGGCAUUUGAGCAACACGGGUUCACCGCUAGGUUUGCGCCGGAAUCAGUCCGACUUCUUCAAAGCACCGGCCGUGUCUGGAAGCAUGAGCUUCAAGGCUUUAUCUGGAACGAGUCUCGGACUGACCCCCAUCAGUCAACAAAAGGCGAUCGUGAACCCGUUUUCUUACGCCAAAGCCCACGGGUCCAAGCGUCUAUCGAGCGACCGUCAGCGCUGGAGUCACUUGUUUCCCAUGUCAAGCCAUGGAGCCCAUCGUGCAUCGGACAGCACGAUUCCGGAUGCGGUGAUGCACGAUACCGAGCCAAUGUUCGUCGGACCAAAUUGGACAAGUCUUACGUCGCCGGCCAUACUUCCGUUGACGACCGAUCACUUUCCGUCUCCCCAAGAGCUGCGCCAGGGCUACUCGGAAGCAUUUUACACACUGACGUUACCCACGACGGCAAUUCAGACACCGACGAUUGAAUGCGUGCCGCGGUAUCGCAACCACGAUGAAUUGCUGACCGAGAUGAUCUGCCAGCGACUAGCUUGUGAUUUUCAGCUUGUGUCAAGCUGUGACUCGCGUGCGUUGCUGGCAGGUGGUGAAUCACGCUCUGAGAGUCGGCAAAGAGUCUAUCAUUUGAGCAUGGGGCAUCGUAUUCACCAGCUUAUUUACGACGCCGAGCGGCAAACGGUCGAGGUCAAGAGGUUUGUCCAGCGUGAGCCACAUGACGUGAAAGCAGCCUACACGUCAUACACUUACUCGCUUUGGGUCGAGCUCACUCAAUCGUUCCAGCCACACCAGCAGCUAUUCCACCGGUACCCGCAGCCGGAGGACAACUGGAACGCCCUGGACAACUUGCUCUGCGGCUACCUGGACGAUAUGGCAGAUACAACGAAAUGCCGCCGAGUUCGGUUCGCAAUUGUACCACCAGUGUGCGCAAAGCCCAGCGCUGAUCCCCUGACAGCAUACGCAUCGAGUUUCACCAAGUUCAUUGCAUACCUACAGUCUCGCGUCGCUCCUUCGGAAUUUGGUGACCGCGAAAGUAUCACCAUCAAAAUGUCGUCGGACCGCCCAGACAACGCACAGGAAACGGAGAGAGCCGUGCCGCUUACCGAGAGUCGCAUGUUGAGCUUCAAGAUGGCUUGUAAAAUGUCGACCUCGACCGCGUCGUCGUCGUCACCUGCCCUGAAGAAGAAACUGGAGGACUCGCGGACGGAAUGGGUUGUGAUGCGUCUAGAAGAAACGAUGGACGUCUCACGGUGUUACCACCUGGAUGUGCGCUGGUUGGCCUGCAGUGGCGUUGCAGCAGACGAGUUUGUGGGAACGAUACGGCGUCGAGCGAAGCAAGCGGGCUUGGACUUGCGCCGUGUGCCAGAGUACUCGAGUGUCUCGCGCGUGCAGAUCCAUCCGCUGGUAGCUUCCAUCUUCCUGCCACUGCCUGUCGAGAUACUGGACUCGUUCACUGCCGUGUUGACUCAAGCCCUCGACUUCGUGCUGGAUGACGAACGCAUCGCGGACGGCACUGGAAUCGGCUACGGUCUCAGCAUUGGGCACGACACGUCAGCAGCUGCCAAGCCGAAGAUCAGUGCGCGGCGCCACCGCCGCUCGGCUUCGACCACUGCUCGUUUGCUUCUCGAGAGUUGGCGACAACGUGGGUACAAGCAGCUGAUGCACCGGCGCGUGCCCGUGUUUGUGCGGAUAAUUCACGACGGACUCAUUUGGAUUCCAGGGUACGACUAUGACCGAAAAGUUGACGGUGCUGUCGGUUCGACUGCCGUUGAGAUAUUGUUCCGAGAGGUUUGCGCCACGAUCGAGUCGCAAUGCGCGAAUUGUCGUGGGUGUGUAUGA